CACUGGUGGGAUAGUCCAACAAUUUCAUCUACUCAUUCCUAAUAAUUUUUUAGGAGUUAGCACCCUGCUAAUUAGAACAAGUGCAAUUGUCUGGAGUUACUGUCUGUUCAUUGCAAGUUAUUUUCUAGUAGUUACCAUUGGCUGGUAUUUCACAAAUGUUUUGAAAAUUGCUCUAAGACUUGACUUUCCACUUUAUGCCUUUUUGGGCCUGUGUCUGCUCAAACGAGAAGUACUUGUGCUGCUGAUUAAAUAAGUGUUUCUAAUGGAAUAUCAGCAAAAUUUUUAGUGCUGGAACUUAAGAGUUAGAGAUGUGCUAACUUGUGCUACUGAACUGGUAAUGCAAUGAAGGGAUUCCAGUGAUAUCUUUCUGCUUGGUUACUAUUGUCAACAUCGUGUAAGCACCUGAAAAUCUAAAUAUUCUUAUUUAUUUACUUAAUUACUUACCAACCUAUUGGCUGAUACGCUGCUCCAUUUCUGAAGACUUGUCCCUGUAUCCUCUCCUGAAGAGCCAUAUUUUCACAGCUCUUCAAAAACAUGGUCUGGAUAUCUGGGAGAUAGGCUGUUCCAAAGGAGGGAUGUCAUGGCCAAGAAGGUUCAACUAUGGGGUCCUUCUAGAUGGCAUUCCCUCAGGUGGGACCUUCAACAAGCCUCCUUUCCCUGAUCUCACAAGACAGAUUCAACCCAGAGGAGGUGGUCUCAAAAAGAUCCAGGCCCUGAGCCAUGUUGGGCUUUAAAGGUGAGAGUUCUUCAUUCAUAUCCUUCAUUGCGUGACAUAGAUUAACAUUAAGUCUUAGUGAACUUAUUAUAAAGUAAGGUACACAUACCUCUAGUUAGUGGCUUAGGAUUUCUGAAGAACAGGUAAAUAAAACUCAAUCAUUGUCACAAACCAGCUAGGUGAUACCACCUGGCUGACCAUGGUGGACCUCAAAAUGUUAAACAGCAUUAGGACUUGGGUGAGAAACUAUCAGGCAACCCUAGGUAGCAGAGGUUGAAUAUUGAAUAUUGAAAAGUUCAAAACUUGGUAGAAGACAGCGGCAAGCCACUUCUGUAUAGUUGCCAGAAAGCUACAUGAAUGUGCUCAUGAAGUUGCUGGGAAUUGAGCUUGACUUGAGAUUUCUUUCAUGCUUUCUAGUUAUGACUUUAAAAAAAAAACUGUAAGGGAAAUGCAAAUAUUAACAAUAAAGGGAGGGGAAUGUGCAAUGAACACAAAGCUGUGAAAUUUUAAAAGUGAAAAUUACCAGACCAGUUCAACUAGUUUCUGCAGGUUGAGUUGAAACACCACACACCCAGUGUUCCUUGUUUGCAGUUUAGAAGCAGAUCAAUUUGCAUGGCAGGAUGCUGGUUAGAGACAACAGCACAGUGGCCUUGCUUAUUUAGACCCUGAAUCUUAAGAAAAAGUUUUUCAGGACCAGUUCCAUCUUUGGAAAGGAAAAUGGGUCAAAAGAUGGCAAAGGAAGCAAGCCAAGAGAAUAAGGCUGAUGUCCUGGUGAUAUGUGAUAUAUUUAGCCAAGGAGUAGGUCAUGCAUCCCAAAAACUCAAAGAGUACCUGGGAUUUGAGGAUCCCCAGAGCAAAUUCCGUCCAGCCACGGAUACCCUGAAUGAAAUUUUUCUGGUCAACUUCAUCAGUUUCUGUGUUGAAAAAGGCGUAGAAGAACGCAUCACAACCAGCAAAAUGACCAAGCAACAAUCCUUGCUUUUGGGAGUCGACUGGAUUUGGACUCUAUCUGGAGCAGACAAGCAAAUUAAACUUCAGGUUGCUGUCCAGUCUCUGCAGAUGACUGAUCUCCCCAGUCGAGAUCAACCUUUUGAAUUCCUAGGCAGUAACAGAGAGACAAUGCUUGCUAGUGAACUAUUUUGGAACAAAAGCCGACUUGAAAAGCUGGAAGAAUUCUGCAUGUUGGUUGGACAGGACUGUCUUGGCUUAUUCAUAAUCUAUGGGGUUCCAGGAAAGCCAAAAGAGAUCCGAGGCAUCGUUUUGGACAGCAUUGAAGAGGAAAAAAGGAAAAACCUCUUUUCGGGUGACAGUGCUUUGAGACAAUAUAUUUUGGACACAGACAAUUUUCUCCCUACUAAAGAGAUGUUGGAACAUUGCCUCUUUAAGAAAAAUGGAUUGAGGGAUAUGGGUAAGGUGUAUAUUAAUUUCCUUUAACAUUUCUAACUGCAAAUGCUAGAUGCUGCAUCAAUGGCUAUCUCAUAUUGCUCACAAACUUCUCUCUUCUUAACUUGUUCCCAAAGAUGAACCGUUGUAGACUUUGCAGAAGUCAUUGUUUUCUAGAUGGUGCACUUUCAUAAAAUAGAUUUUUAAAGCAUUCCCAUCUUGAACGUUCAACUGUUUACGGGACCAUGUUAAAAAAGAAAUAUAUUCACCAUACUGUGGCAAUAGGAAAUAUAAUUG